AUGGCACAGAGUGAUCGAGGGAUGUGGAUGCGUUUGGUUCCUGUAGACCAACCCUUCAGACAACUGCAGUCUUCAGAUGUAUCACGACGGAAGUUACUUCAGACACCAGGAGCUGCACUCCCCUUCCCUCCCCUCAAGGUGUUGUCCAAUGGGGAGCCAUGCAUCCUGUUCCAGGCCAGGAAGCUGUCUCUCCGCUACGAGAGACAGAAGCAGCUGGACCUGACAGAGAGAGCCUUUUCUCCUCAGAAACCUGUCGACAUCAGCCAAUCCGUCUGCCGCCAGGAUAAGGCCACGCUGGUCAUGAGGUUUGGAGAUGUGGAGGAUGUGAGAGGCCUAUCCAUCAGACUGCAGCUGUCCAACACUUUCUAUGAGUCUUCGGGUCAGUGGUGGUUCUCGGUGGAAAGCGUCUCUCUGCUCUACAACACCUCUGAAGAGGCCGUGUUCAAUGCCAGCGAGGUGUACGCUCCAGCCUCCUCCUCCUACCACUGCCUCCAUGUAAGCAGCCUGCAGCGCUACAGCACCCUGCUGCUGCCCAGCACCGAGCACGCCCGCCGCUGGGCCAUCACCUUCACCAACUUCCAGAUUCAGGCGUUCAACGUCACUUCCAGUAAAUUUUCUCCAGCGAGUGACUGCGCCACCUUCUUGACGCCGGCCAUCCUGAUGGGCCUCAUCACUUCCCUCAUCCUGCUGCUGGUCCUGGCCUACGCCCUGCACAUGGUCAUCCACCUAAAACACAUCGAGCAUGACGACGAACACAAGGCCGACAUUUACUUCCCUCAAAACCCUGAACAGCAUGAGAACUGCUGCGUGGAAAAUGUCACUGAGAAAAAUAUUCUGUAG